GCUAAAGUAAUUUUUGAGAAAAAAUUAGUUCCUAUGGCGACAGGCAACAGCAAUAUUGACAAGAAGCUGGCCUUAGCUACAGUUUAUCUAAACUCUGGAGCCUUUGAAAAAGCAAUAACUAUAUACACUGAAAUUUUAAAUAAAAAGCCAAAGAUAGUUGCUGCAUAUUAUGGAAGAGGAGUGGCCUUCACUAGAAAGGGUUUAUAUGUGACAGAAAAUGCUAUUCAAGCUUUAGCAGACUUUACUCAAGCUAUACAGAAAGAUAAGAGAAAACCUGACAGUUAUGAAAGAAGAGCUGAGGUUUAUAUAAGCUUAGGUCAAUAUCAAGAAGCCUUUAAUGAUCUAACUACAGCCUUACAGAAAAGACCAACAGAGAAAAUAUAUUUUAUGAGAGGGGUCAUCAGUUUAUUAUUAGAGGAUUUUGGUAGUGCUGAAGAAGAUUUCCGCCGUAAUUUAGAAUCUGAAGGAGAUAUCCACAUCAUGUCAUAUUUUCAUCUUGGUCUAGCAUUAUAUUAUAGAGGAAAAGUCAGGAAUGCUAUAGAAGUUUUUAAAGAAGUAUUGAAAUUGAAACCUGAUCAUAUUGAUGCCUGUACAAGUUUAGCUCAAGCUUUCAGGGAGUUAGGAAAUUUAAAAGCGGCUAAUACAAGAUUUAAUCAAUCUUUAAUGAUGAAUCCAGAACAUAUAUUAAGUAUACAGUUACAUGGUUCUAUGUUAUAUAAUAGUGGUCAGCCUGUCCAAGCUCUUCAUGAUUUUCAGAAAUGUAUUAAAUUGGACACCAAUAACAUACAUUGUCAGUAUAUGGAAGCCUUAUCAUAUAUGACACUAGGAAAGUUUUAUGAAGGAGUAAAGGCAUCAGCAAAAGUUAUUGUUAAAAAUAUAACACCUAUUAAAAUGACUUCAGAAUUUUUAAAGGCACAGUAUCUUAAAGAAUAUGGUCGUUAUCUACACUCUAAAUUAGAGACACAGCUAAAACAUUUUAAACCAGAAUCUGAUUUAGAUCCUGAAUUUAAAGAAAACUGGAUAAAAAAUUUACCCUUUAAAUUUAAAAAAAGUUACAAAGAACAACCUGGAUUACAACCAGAAAUAAGUGAUAUAAAAGAACAUAAUAUAAGUGACUAUACAGCUGAUGUCAGAAAUCUCAUUUGUAAAGCUGUUAAAGUUGGUUCUUAUACACAAGUUAAUACGGAUGGUUUUACACCAAAUAACAGACUCAAUUUAGCUAUGGGUUUAGCAUCUUUACAUAUAGCUCAAUAUUUAGAGAAAAAAUGGAAAUCAUUAAAAAAUGGUAAAGAAAGACUGGAUUGGCAAGAUUUGUUCAAUAUAGCAGUACAAUAUAGACGCCUAGUUGAUCCAGAACAACCAGUAUUUUGGGUUGAUACAAUGCCUGAAUUUCGUACUACAGAUGGAGUAAGAUCAGAUAUUAAUUUUGUAAGGGGUUCAGUUUUAAAUUUACGUGUAAUGCAGUAUUAUGAUUUGGUGUUUAAACUGGCUAAAACAAUGUUAGAACAUUAUACAGGAGAUGAAGCUAUAGUAUAUUCUGGCCUACAUGAAGAUGUUUCCAGUGCUAAAACUUGUGAUGAUUUAUUAAUGAUAGCUAGAAAAAGACAAAUAAAUCCACAUGGUUUUCUGGUAUCAACACAAGUACCAAGUACUUCUAAAUCUAAAGAAGAUAAAAGAUUAGAUGGCUCUAUUUUAGUUCUGUCAAAAGAUAUGAAUGAUCGAGUAAUAUUUGCCCUAAAUACUGCGAACAAUGUAGGUAGAAUGGAAGAUUAUUCUUUAGAGUUGGAUUUUAUUUUUAAUCAACUUCAAGAAGAAAUGAAAAGGACAGGUUCUAAUAAAAUAACAGAUGUAGAUUCUAUUUUAAAUAUGGUGUUAUCAUUAAUGUAUUAUUUCUAUAACUUGGUACCAUUAACAAGAGGUUCCAGUGUAGUAGCUUAUACAGUUGGGUUAGGUAUAAUGAUGUCUGUAGGAAGACAAGUUACUGGUAAAAUUCCUAGUGGAAAGUUAUUAGAUUUAGAAGCUAUGUUAGCAGGAGCACCAGAUGCCUUUAUACUUGUAACUAAACAAUGGAUGAAUAUAAAAAAAAAUAGUACAUCAACUUUAAGUUACCCUAGAGUGAGUGAAGUAUUUCCUACAGUUCGAAGUAUUUUAGAAGUUUUGACUGUACAUACUACAGCUUGUUCCUAA